CACACACACACCUUUGCGCCCCUAGCAGUAAAUCUGUGUAGAGUCUUAAGCUGGUGUUCUGUUGGGCAACACAGAGCUGAAUUUCUCCAUUGUUUGGAGUCUGGCACUCUCACCACCAUCAUAUGGCAGCUCCAGACGUGUGUGUGUGUGUGUGUGUGUGUGUGUGUGUGUGUGUGUGUGUGUAUUUGGGCUAUGGCACGUAGCACCAUCAUACAGCUGCUUCAGAUGCAAGGGGAAGUGUGUUUGUGUGUGUGUGUGUGUGUGUGUGUGUGUGUGUGUGUGUGUGUUCUGCGGAAAAUCCCAAACUUGUCAGAGAGCGGUCAGGAUCAUCGCUGGAAGCUUAUUGGUCAGGACUAGCAAGUGAGGUUUGACCACUCAUCAUGGAGUGGGGAUACUACAUUCCCAUCCAUCUACUGGAGCUGAAGUUGAUGAGUUCCCCGAGCCUGAGUGAGAAGAGCACGACAGAGGAGCGGUCAGAACAGCACAGGGCAGGAGCCAACGCCACCUGGAACAGCAUUCACAAUGCUGUGAUCGCUGUAUUCCAGAGAAAGGUGCUUGGGGAAAAUGAGCUCUACACACUCAAUGAGGGCGUCAGGCAGCUGCUGAAGACAGAGUUGGGGUCCUUCUUUACAGAAUACCUGCAGAACCAGCUUCUGACUAAGGGCAUGGUGAUACUCAGGGACAAAAUACGCUUCUAUGAAGGUCAGAAACUUCUGGACUCCCUGGCGGAGACUUGGGAUUUCUUCUUCUGUGAUGUCCUCUCCAUGCUGCAAGCCAUUUUCUACCCUGUACAGGGCAAGGAGCCUUCGGUGAGACAGCUGGCCUUACUCCACUUCAGGAAUAUCAUCACCCUCAACAUCAAACUGGAGGAUGCCCUUUGCAGACCGCGUGCACGAGUACCCCCCUCUAUCACACAGAUGAUGCUCAUCCUACAGGGCGUGCAUGAAUCUAAGGGAGUGACGGAUGACUACCUGAAGCUGGAGUCUCUGGUCCAGAGGGUGGUCUCUCCCUACCUGGGCAGUCAUGGCCUCUACUCACACGACGGAUCCGUCUCACACUGCUCCUGUGUGCUAGAGAAGCGCCUGCAGCGUCGUUGGCCCAAGUCGUCGUCCGACCCCCCCGCUAAGAACCCGGUGGUACGCUCCAAGAGCUACAACAUCCCCAUGCUGACGCCGGUGGCAGAGUACGACCCCGAGAUCGGGCUGUGUGCAGGGGGCAGCCUCGGGCUGCGGCGCCACUCCAUCGGCGAGAUGACCUGCUGCCUGGAGGAGCCCGGCGGUCAGGCCUCGGACCACUCGCCGAGCGUCCAGCGGCGGGGAGCCAACGACGGCGCCGAUUCCCCGUCCCCCUCCCUCCUGCCCGAUCACUCGCCCCCCCGCCUCUCAGGGUCCGGCUCGUUCCGUCUGACCAGUAGGGGGCAGCGCUCUCCAGCGCUGUCCAAGGAGACGCCGCCCUCUUGCGCCAGCAUCUCGUCCAGCCCCGAGACCAUCGUGGACCAGAUCCUGGAGUCCAUGGACUCGGACCCCGAGGGCAUCUUCAUCGACUUCCAGCGCUGCUCGAGUUCCUCCAGCUUCGGCCACGAGGGCCGCCAGAGCGUGGUGUAGCCACCGCUAGCUGCUACCUAUUAACGCCACACUCAGAGCGUGGUGUAGCCACAGCUAGCUGCUAGCUAUUAACGCCACACUCAGAGCGUGGUGUAGCCACCGCUAGCUGCUACCUAUUAUCGCCACACUCAGAGCGUGGUGUAGCCACCGCUAGCUGCUACCUAUUAACGCCACACUCAGAGCGUGGUGUAGCCACAGCUAGCUGCUAGCUAUUAACGCCACACUCAGAGCGUGGUGUAGCCACCGCUAGCUGCUACCUAUUAUCGCCACACUCAGAGCGUGGUGUACCCACCGCUAGCUGCUACCUAUUAACGCCACACUCAGAGCGUGGUGUAGCCACCGCUAGCUGCUAGCUGUUAGCACCACACUCAGAGAUGGUGUAGCCACCGCUAGCUGCUAGCUGUUAGCACCACACUCAGAGAUGGUGUAGCCACCGCUAGCUGCUAGCUGUUAGCACCACACUGAGAGAUGGUGUAGCCACCGCUAGCUGUAUGCGCCAUACUCAGAGAUGGUGUAGCCACCACUAGCCGCUAGCCUUUAGUACCCGACCAAAGAUAACGUAGCCACAGCUAUCCACUAGCUAUUAGAGACACACUCAGAGAUGAUGUAGCCUCUGCUUGCUGAUAGCUGUUAGCACCACACGCUGAGACGAUGUAGCCACAGCUGCUAACUGCUUACCUUUAACGCCACACACAGAGAUGGUGUAGCCACUGCUACCCAUUAGUGCUGCACUCAGAUAUGGUGUAGCCACAGCUGCUAACUGCUAGGCUUUAGCAUCACACUCAGAAAUAUUGUAGCUACCACAGUUAGCUGCUGGCAGUUACCCCCACACUCAGAAAUAUUGUAGCUACCACAGCUGCUGGCAGUUACCCCCACACUCAGAAAUGGUGUGGCCACAGCUGCUAUCUACUAGGUUCUAGUAUGCUGUAGCCUCAACUGCUAAUUCUUAUUGUUUAGUGCUUCACUCAGACAUGACAUUCUCACAUAACGCAACUCAAACUGUUAGCAGCUAGCGUGCGGCACAGCAUCCUGCUGUGUGGUGCAGCAGACGUAGGGUGGCUUCCUUUCACUUGCUGCUGAACACUAGACGCUUGCUCUCUACUGGGAAGCACUCACCUCUAGUGCUUCUCUUUUCUAGAACUUUCUAUUUUCCUAAAAUGUUUUUUUCCUGCUCUUUGUGUAUGUGAUGUGAGUACUUCAGAGCACGAGAUUCUUCAUGAGCAGUCUCUCUUUUGGUGCAGCCUUAUAACGCACUCCAAACCAUAGACUGUAUAAAAUAGCUCCAAUCCCUCCAUGGUGAACUUGGCCACAACCAUAUGGCUGUAUGGUGAUGGGGUUCUACAGAAUGUGAUGGCUGUAUGGUGAUGGGGUUCUAUAGAACGUGAUGGCUGUAUGGUGAUGGGGUUCUAUAGAAUGUGAUGGCUGUAUGGCGAUGGGGUUCUACUUCUAUAGAAUGGAUGGCUGUUGGCCUAUAGAAUGCAUAGCCAUAUAUGGGUAUGUUACCUGGGGUGCAUCAGAAACAUUAGAAGACCUUGUAAGACCACAAUGUCCAGUUCUAUAAAGACUUUGGACCAAAAAACACUGCAAAAACACAUAGGACUAAGUAAUACCAUAGUCUCCAGUUGGCUAUUCUAGAAAACCCUAUAGGCCUAUUGGGCUGAACCACUUCACCAUCACAGGGGAAAACCCCUAUAGGCCUAUUGGGCUGAACCACUUCACCAUCACAGGGGAACACCUGUCACUCUUCUGUCAUGCUAUCACUGUCUCUAGUCUUUAAUACAACAUAAUUAAAAACAUUUCUCUCAAAUGUACUAUUUAAUUCUGUCUUAUUUGUUUGAAGGAUUUUUUUUGUAGAUUAUACAGCCUAUGUCUAAUCACCAUGACGAAGUGACUGUUAUAUGACAAACAUGGCAGAUUAUAAUUAAUCUCAAAGCCUUGGUUAUGAUUUUAUAGAUUUUGUUAAUUUUUGUAAAAAGGGAAAUAUGGUUGUGUUUUAAUCCUGGUUGUGUUUAUAAUAAUCUUAAUUUUCAAAUCACAGGAAGAUAGCAGUAGAGUAUGCCAAUGCUAACAUGUUCUAUUUGUACUGUGUGUUUGUAUUGACACGGAUAAGAAUUAAACAAAUGGCUCUUUA